AACAUGAUGGCCGCCGCCUUGUGUUAUCGCUGAUAAUAUAGUGGGAGAUGUGUACAGAUUUGGAAGUAAAUCUGUGCAAAAUGGCUUAUGUUAUGCAUGUAGUAUAUAUGAUAUUUAUUAUUUCCUUAGGUUUUUGUUUAUCUGAUGACGGUCACGAGAUGGAAGAGUUUCUAAAAAGAGAAUAUUCAUUGUCGAAACCAUACCAAGGUAUUGGGGUGUCUGGUUCUUCUCAUUGGGAGCUGAUGGGUGAUUCCAUAGUGACCGCCGAUCAGGUGCGCUUAACUCCAGAUGUGCAAAGCAAGCAGGGGGCGGUAUGGAGCCGCAUCCCAUGUAACCUCAAAGACUGGGAGCUGCAGGUGCACUUUAAGAUCCAUGGUCAAGGGAAGAAGAACCUGAAUGGAGAUGGUCUGGCAGUGUGGUACACUAAAGAACGCAUGCAAAAAGGUCCUGUGUUUGGCAAUAAGGAUUUCUUCACUGGAUUAGGAGUGUUUAUAGAUACUUACCCUAAUGAGGAAAAGCAUAUAGAGGCCCAGAAGAAGAGGUACACCCCUCGAACCCAGAGGAUCUUUCCAUAUGUGCUGGCAACCGUGGGCAACGGCACGAUCGGCUACGACCACGAGCGCGACGGCCGGCCCACUGAGCUGGGUGGCUGCAACGCCAUGGUGCGCAACCUGAAGCACGACACCUUCCUUUUCAUCCGAUACGUCCGCCGCAGACUCACGGUCAUGAUCGAUAUCGACGGGCAGCAUGAAUGGAGGGACUGCUUGGAUAUACCGGGUGUGCGGCUGCCACUGGGCUACUACUUCGGUGCCUCCGCCCUCACCGGAGACCUUUCGGACAAUCAUGACCUCAUCUCUAUGAAGCUGUACCAGCUGACUGUGUUGCGGAGUAAGCAAGAGGAGGAAGAAGAGGAGGAAGAGGUCACAAUUCCAAGUGUGGACAACAUGGAGCUCCUCAGGAAUUAUUAUGAAGCCGAAGGUAUGAGUGGCAUCGCCAUCUUCUUCACUGUCCUCUUCUCCAUGCUCGGCUUGUUCCUGCUCAUCGUGGUAGGGCUUGUGGUCUACGGACACUGGAACGAGAGCAAACGCAAGCGCUUCUACUGAGAGCAGGGAGCCCGUGUGUGUGGCCCCAUCCCCCACCUCCACACCCACGCCCACCCCUCCCCCGUGUACGCCGCCUUACGGUGCCUACCGAACGUCUGUGGUUUUGAGAUGGAGACUCAGUCCUCUGCACGAUGGGCUGAGGGGCCAACCAGUCCCCAAGGGUCUCCUUCAGUGCCGGCUGAGCGGAACGAGGUCGAAACAGGAUGGGAACGACGUAAAACGCUAAGACGAGAGGCAAAACCAGGUCUGCGAUGUCUCCAUAGAAACACACCAAGGAAGAAGUUUUAAAACACUAAAAAAACAGCAGUAUGCUAAUGGGAUGUUUGGUAUGCGUUCUGCCUAUUCGACCCCCAAACGGCCUUGUAAGUAUUUCUAAUAUGAAACGAUUAGACUUUCACAUGGAAAUAUUAGUUCUUUUGAUUCACAAAUCAAGUUGCGAUGAACAAGAGCCAAGAAUUUAGAGCACUGCCUUUAAAGAGACUGCCAAACGUGUCUUUUUUUUUUUUUUUAACUUACCAAUGUACAAAGGUCAUGUCUAUGAAACACUCCGCACUGGAAUCUACAUUUGAUGGUCCUGGAUUCCCAAAAUGUUCUCCUCAACUGUACUUCUGAUUUUACAUUAUGUGUGAGGCAAUAUGUUCUCAACUGGACUUUAAUAUAAAAUGUGUGUUGUAUAUUUAUUAUCUAACAUUUGUUAUCAAUUUUAUGGACGUUUGCCCUGAUUACUUAAAUAAUUAUAUAGACUUUGUUAAUUUUUAAAAAGGUGAGAGCAAUUCAGAUUUGUUUCCACUUGUGUCAUACUGCAUAUAUGCAUGCAACAGCAAAUCUUGUUGGUUUGACAAAUAAAUAUAAAAUUUCAGUUAAUUA